GGUACCAGUUCUCUGGAAGUCGGAUCAGAGUUUAGGCCACAGAGAUGGAGAUGAUGAGCAGGCUGAUCACGCUCCUGAUCUUAUCGAUGGCGGUUUUUCCGGCAGUGUUCUCGCCGGUCUCCGCGCAGAUGGUGACGCCCUGUACCAUGAGCAUGGUCAAUGGGUUCACUCCCUGCCUGAGCUAUGUCACCGGAGUCGGCGCUAGUGGCCGGUCGCCGUCCAGUGACUGCUGUGCAGCACUUAGCUCCAUGGUCAGCAGCUCAUCUGGGUGCCUCUGCCUCAUCAUGUCGGCCAACCCUCCUCUCCAGGCCCCCAUCAACCAGGCCUUGGCCGUCGCUCUCCCCCAGGCCUGCGGCAUGCCAUCCUCAGCCGUCCAAUGCCAAGAUAAUUCGUCAGCCCUUUCCCCACCAGCCUCCGGCAUUCCCGGGACAGCAAAUCCUCCAUCAACCGGGCCACCAGUGACAACUACAGAUGCGAGCGCACCGGGUGCGGCAGCGGCGCCGCCGGCUCCCGUUCAGGUGGUUCCGCCACCGGUAUUGCCGACACCUACAACCGUGGGAACUGGUUCUCCAAGAACAAUACCAAACUCUGCGCAAAAGAUCCAUGGCUGCUCCGUCUUGUUCAUGCUUGCCUCGCUAGUGCUGGGAAGCUGCAUGCUUUAGAUCAAGCCCAGUUGCUUUCUUGCUGUGACUUAUAUCACGUUGCUUGUGUGCUUCGGCCGGGAUCGGUCACUCAAAUAGACACUCGUGUCAUGCCGACGACUGCACGAAAGUGGCCGUGUCCAUGUGAUUAUGUGGUUUUUUAGUACGCAUUAAUGGGCGAGAUGACUAUGUAUUAUUAAUUAUUGUGUGGAGUUUGAGGGUUUUGUAAAGACUGUUCCGAAUUUAAAUUUUCGUAUUUUAUGAUCCAAAUCCAUUAUUGUAGCA